AACAAAGCCAACGACGCCGGACGACGGCAAACAAAGAAAUUUGUUUUUGGCGACUUUUGUUCGUCUUAGAGCACACUCGACCGACUCUCUUUGUCUUCUCUGCAAUUAGCUUCUCUUCUCUGUUUCUCUCUCUACUCUCUCUCUAGUUCUGAAAAGUUUCUUAUCUGGUGAAAUUCAGGACUUGUGAUUAUUACAUAUAUAUGCAUGCAUAAACAGAAUUGUUUGAUUGAGAGAGAGAAUGUCGGGAGGGGGUACUCAGACGACGAGUUUAAGGAAAGCACUUGGAGCUAUUAAGGAUACUACCACUGUCAAUUUGGCUAAAGUAAAUAGUGAUUACAAGGAAUUGGACAUCGCCAUCGUUAAGUCUACAGAUCAUGUUGAGCGCCCAGCAAAAGAAAAGCACAUAAAAGCUAUUUUUGGUGCUAUUUCAGCUACAAGGUCCCGUGCUGAUGUUGCAUACUGCAUACAUGCUCUUGCUAGGCGAUUAUCUAAAACACAUAAUUGGGUGGUUGCCUUGAAAACUCUAAUUGUUAUCCAUCGUGCUUUGAGGGAAGUAGAUUCCACAUUCCAUGAAGAGUUUGUAAAUCAUAGGAGCAGAAACCAUACGCUGAACUUGGCUCAUUUCAAAGACGAUUCCAGUCCAAAUGCAUGGGAUUAUUCUGCCUGGGUCCGCUGUUAUGCCUUAUUUUUGGAGGAAAGGCUGGAAUGUUUUCGAGUCUUGAAUUAUGAUGUUGAGAGAGAUCAUCCUACAACUAAAGAUCUGGAAACUCCUGAAUUGCUCGAGCAGUUACUAGCUUUGCAGCAGCUUCUAUUUCGUGUUCUUGGUUGCCUGCCUCAAGGAGCAGCAGUUGAUAAUUUUGUGAUUCAGUUGGCACUUUCGAUGGUUGCUUCUGAAAGCAUCAAAAUUUACAAUUCUAUAAGUGAUGGAACGGUUAAUUUGGUUGACAAGUUCUUUGAGAUGCAACACCAUGAUUCUGUAAGAGCUUUGGGUAUAUACCAGAGGGCAGUGCAGCAGGCAGAGAGACUCUCAGAUUUCUAUCAAAUAUGUAAAAGCCUUGACAUUGGACUUGGAGAAAAGUUCAUUAUGAUCGAGCAGCCCCCUGCAUCAUUUAUUGAAGCCAUGGAAGAGUAUGUCAGAGAAAUUCCACAAUCUUCAACUGUUCGCAAAGAUCAAGAGGUAGAUGAUGAUAAAAAUACUCUCAAGACAAUCUUAUCACGCCCACCGUCCCCGCCUUUACCCGAACCAGAACUAGUUUAUAAGGUGGAAGCUCCUGUUAAACUACCAGAUCUUCUGGGUUUGAAUGAUCCUAUCCCAGGGGCUUCAGAAUUAGAUGAGAAGAAUGCUUUGGCUUUGUCUAUAGUACCAGUUGUUGUAGUUGACCAACCAAAUUCUGUUGGUCCGGCUACUGCAAAUGGAACUACAAGCUGGGAAUUGGCACUUGUUACUGCCCCCAGCUCAAAUGAAAGCGCAGCUGUUGCUAGUAAACUGGCGGGAGGGCUAGACAAAGUCACACUAGACAGCUUAUACGAUGAUGCAAUCAGAAGAAGCAACCAAAAUGUGAGCUACAACCCAUGGGAGCCAGUCCCGAUGGCCAGUGUCGUGAUGCCACAGGCACAAACACCACAUAAUCCAUUCUUUGCCUCCAGUGUGGCUGCUCCACCUUCUAUUGGAUUGGCAGCCAUGGCCAAUCAGCAGCAGGCUUUCAUGUUUCAGCAGCUGCAGCUGCAGCAGCAGCAGCAGAUGAUGAUGAUGAGUCAAGAACAACAGCCUUUAAAUCCUUUCGGAAAUCCGUAUGAAGCCAAUAUCCACCCCUAUGGCUCAGGUAUGCCUGUUCAAGCCCACAAUCAAAAUACAGGGCUCAUUUAGACAACACUCAAAGAGAACCUCUUUUGCUGAAAACAGGAAGAGUAAAAACAUGGGGUUAUAUUUAGUUUUUGAUUUCAAGAUUGGCAAAAUCUGAAGGGUAGACAGAAUUGUACCAUAUUUUGUGCAAAUACAGGAGCUAGGAUGAGUUUUUUAUUUUUCAUUUUUUAUUUUGGGUUUAAUAAUUAGGCUGCAGUGUUGGUAACAAUGAUUUUGGGACCACUUGAAUUUAGUUAACUUGCUUGGUCGUUUCAGAUUCUCGGGCAGGAAUCUCAUUUCUUGUUAAUUUUCUGUCUUUUUUUUUUUUUUUUUUUUCAAAUCAAAUUUGGUUAAUUAAGAUACAGUGGAACAAUAUGCAAUCUUUGUGAUUUGUUGC